ACCGACGGCCGCCGCCAUAUUGCGGACCUGUCAGCGGACGCGGCGCUGGCGCGUCCCCGGCAGCGAAGAUAGCAGCACCAGCGAGGCCCUGACGGAGAGGAGGAGUAGGGACGGGAGCGAGAGCGCGCACGGGUGCGCGCCUCAGCCACGCUCGGAGCGGCCCUGCAGCGCCUCCUGGCCGGCUGCGGAGGGGGCUGCGCGGGCGCCGUGGUGGUGCGUGUGUGGCGUGGCUCCCCGUCUCCCACCUCCGGCCCCGCUGCCGCUUGGGACCCAAACCGCUUUCCUGGAAGCAGAGAAGAAGAGGAAGAGGAAAGUGAAGAGCUCGCCGCCCCCGGGCUGCCUCAGCCUCCGCAGCCGCCAGGUGAGGGAGAAAAGCGGGCUACUUUUGGCCGACCCCGGCGGUGCUGCUUUGCCAGGCCUCGCCCUUUCCUACUCGCGCUCCCUCGCUUAAUCUUCACGCCUCACACCUGGGAGAAGAAGCUGAGGGAAGACCACCCCCGUGGUACCUUGACUUAUGAAGAUGAUCCGUUCCGCGGCCGUCUUUGUAAGUUGAGGUUUUCGGUUCUUGAAGCGCUGCUUCGGCGCAUGCGCAUGCAGCUCUACGCAGGCGCAGAACGCACGCGCCGACCACGCAUGGAGAAAAGAAUUCCAGGGGUUGUCGACUUCGGAAGUCGAAACCUUCGGAAGUCGAAGCGUUCGGUUGUCGAGAAAAGUACAAAGAUUGUGGUACAGCAGAUGAUUUAACUGAACCAGAAACACAGAAAAGGAGGGAAAAUGCCGAAACCAAUUAAUGUAAGAGUCACCACAAUGGAUGCAGAGCUGGAGUUUGCCAUCCAGCCCAACACAACAGGAAAACAGCUUUUUGAUCAGGUUGUAAAAACAGUUGGCCUACGGGAAGUUUGGUUUUUUGGACUACAGUAUGUAGACAGCAAAGGAUACACAACUUGGUUGAAGUUGAACAAAAAGGUAACACAGCAAGAUGUAAGGAAAGAAAAUCCUUUUCAGUUCAAAUUCAGGGCAAAGUUUUUUCCUGAGGAUGUGUCUGAAGAGUUGAUUCAAGAAAUAACCCAGAGACUGUUCUUUCUGCAAGUAAAAGAAGCCAUCUUAAAUGAUGAAAUCUAUUGUCCUCCUGAAACUGCUGUUCUGCUAGCUUCUUAUGCUGUUCAAGCCAAGUAUGGAGAUUACAAUAAAGAGAUACAUAAGCUAGGAUAUUUGGCCAAUGACAGACUUCUUCCUCAGCGCGUUUUGGAACAGCAUAAAUUGACAAAAGAGCAGUGGGAAGAAAGAAUACAAAAUUGGCAUGAAGAACACAGAGGGAUGUUAAGGGAAGAUUCUAUGAUGGAGUACCUCAAAAUUGCACAAGAUUUGGAAAUGUAUGGAGUCAACUAUUUCGAAAUAAAGAACAAAAAGGGAACUGAAUUAUGGCUUGGUGUCGAUGCUUUGGGUUUAAAUAUUUAUGAACAUGAUGAUAAGUUGACUCCCAAGAUCGGCUUUCCUUGGAGUGAAAUCAGAAAUAUUUCAUUCAAUGACAAAAAGUUUGUGAUAAAACCCAUCGACAAAAAGGCACCUGAUUUUGUGUUUUAUGCACCACGUCUGAGAAUUAAUAAGCGGAUAUUGGCACUGUGUAUGGGAAAUCAUGAGCUGUACAUGAGGAGGAGAAAGCCAGAUACAAUUGAAGUUCAACAGAUGAAGGCCCAGGCUAGGGAAGAAAAACACCAAAAACAGAUGGAGAGGGCACAACUAGAAAAUGAAAAAAGGAAAAGGGAAAUAGCAGAAAAAGAGAAGGAAAGAAUAGAGCGUGAAAAGGAAGAGUUGAUGGAACGGCUAAGACAAAUUGAAGAACAGACAAUGAAGGCCCAAAAAGAAUUGGAAGAGCAGACGAGAAGAGCCCUAGAGCUGGAUCAAGAAAGGAAGAAAGCAAAAGAGGAAGCAGAGCGCCUGGAAAAGGAUCGGAGAGCUGCAGAAGAGGCAAAAGCUGCUCUGGCGAAACAGGCUGCUGACCAAAUGAAAAAUCAGGAGCAGCUGGCGGCAGAACUUGCAGAAUUCACAGCUAAGAUUGCACUUUUGGAGGAGGCCAAGAAGAAGAAAGAAGAAGAAGCUUCAGAAUGGCAGCACAAAGCCUUUGCAGCCCAAGAAGAUCUGGAAAAGACCAAAGAAGAGCUGAAGACUGUGAUGUCUGCUCCUCCUCCGCCACCUCCUCCGCCUCCCCCUGUAAUUCCUCCCACAGAAAAUGAACAUGAUGAACAGGAUGAGAAUAAUGCAGAGGCCAGUGCUGAAUUGGCUUCUGAUGGCGUUGUGAAUCACAGGAGCGAGGAAGAGCGUGUAACAGAAACGCAGAAGAAUGAACGUGUAAAGAAACAGCUCCAGGCCCUGAGUUCCGAGCUGGCCCAAGCCAGAGAUGACACCAAGAAGACCCAGAACGAUGUCCUUCAUGCGGAGAACGUUAAAGCUGGCCGCGAUAAAUACAAGACUCUUCGACAGAUCCGGCAAGGCAAUACGAAGCAGCGCAUUGAUGAAUUUGAAGCAAUGUGAGAGCUGUUACUUUGCAUAUAUGUUCUUCAUUAAGCUUGAACCACCAGCAGAGAAAUGCAGACCUUUCUGAAAGGAACACACCCCACCUUGCCAAAGCAUUUAUACCAGUUUGUGGUUAAAACUCAUUUCAUGAAAGCCGUUCAACAAUAAGGCAGCCUGUCCGCUCUGGCUCUCUGGGAGAGGUGGUGGCCACAUCUCCAUGAUCUCAUAUCACGUGUUGUUGUUUUUUAUUCUUUGUCCUCUGGAGGACUAGCUCCAUCUUAUACUGACAAAGCUGUUAACCUAAACAGGAAUGAUUUGAAAGAACACUAGCUUUUACUUUAUAACUGGCCACAGUUUUUGGCAUGGGUGCACUUUGGAUUUUUCUUUUCUUUUUUUCAUUUUAGUGAAUUUGCAAGAACUUGCUUAAUUUAUCAGGGGUUUAGGGGUGUUGUUUUUCUUCUGUUAGGCGGAGUUCUUUGGUGUUUCACGUCCUAUCAUCAUUGAUGGUUUUCUUUGCCUGCCUGUUCACAAAGGUCUAGAUUUUUAAAAAGUGGAACAUUAACCGGUAGAAAGUUUUUGCUUAUAGGUCUGUUUUACUGAAGUCUUCAGUUCUUCAGACAAAAGUAGGAAAAAUGAAACACUCUUUAAGGCAGGGAUAGGUAACCUUUGGCCCUCCAGAUGAACUACAACUCUCAUCAGCCCCAGCAAGCAUGGCUAGGAAAGAUGGGAGCUGUGUAGUUCAGUAACAGCUAGAGGGCAAGGUCCUCCACCCCUGCCUGCUCUGGGUUCUCCUUCCCUUGCAUUUUGUUAGCUGUCAUAUGAAUUACAAUGUGGGAAACCUGGACCUUUCUGGCAAGGGAGCAUAUGAAAACAUCAGCCCCACGGAGGGGACAAUAGCCUACCUCACUACGAUAUGCAUGAUGACUGGUCUUUCAAACACCAUAUAGAAAUGCAAACUGCAUUAUGCUAGUUUUCUGCAUAGCUAAACACUACACCUUUACUCUUUAAAUAUUUUGUUCUGUUGCAGCAUAGAUUUGUAGUAUUCAAACAGUGUUCAGCUGCCUUUUUGUUGAGUAAAAUUCUGCACCAUGUAUCUUCCAUUUUUUUAUUUUUUAUUAAAGUAACCUGGAACUGGUAUACGAUCCACUGAGAGGGUGUGAAACAUUUGAGCAUGUUUUCUGGGUCUUGGGUUCCUUUGUACUAAAUUAACGUUGCUCUGAGGCUAAUUUCUUAAAGAAGUCUGCAUAAAACAAUGCUGCCUUGUACUUGCUUUGGGGGCCCACUUGCACAUCAAGGUUGUUCCUUCCAUGAUAACUGAAGGUGCAAGGGACUUGCAGGGAGUCCAGUCACAGGAAUUGUGGCAGAACAGGGGCAAAUGAGUUGUAUGAACAAAACUUUAGGCUGAUUUUCAGCAUACAGUCAGAUAAUAUUGAAUGUAUGUUUAGAACCACCGCUGAAUCACCCUUAUCUAACGCUCUUUGGGAUGACUAAUUGGCAUGUGUUGAGUUUUGAGGACCAUGUUUAUGAAUCUGAAACUACGCACCAUUUUUAUAACUUUAAUUAGUAGUUGGGAGAAAGAAGCCCUGCUUUCUCUGAGGAUGGUUCAGCUAACCUUUUGGUAUUAUGCACUCAAAAUUUACACUUCCCUAUUAAAAUUGCCAUUUUAUUAAAUAUCCUUUAAUAAGGAUUACUUAUUGAACCUUCUUGAAGGUUGUCCCCCACCCCACCCUUAAAUUUAAGAGAGAUCUUGGAGAGAGGACAUAAUGAAAGGGACACAGACACACUGGUAGCUGAUUUUCCUUGCACGGGUGUGCAAAAGCUGUGCACAUGCUCAAAUGUUUGCCCUGGGCACUUUUGCUUGCAGUCAGAGAAAUUGGGCAGAUGCCUUGCACAUUUUCAUGCAGCAAAUCAUGAGACCUAUAUGUCCAAAGUGUUCAAAAUUAUUAUGUCCAAAAAAUUAUUUUGCCAUAGCAAAUGGAAUGCAGUGUAUGGCUCUUCCCUGAAUUGUGUGUUCAUGCAUUGACAAUGCCAGACUAUCAGUGUAAGGGGGGGGAAAUACGAGUUAGAUUUGCUGUUCAUAAUAUACAAUGUAUAGAUUAGAGUUUAAAAUGGAUCUAAUCCAUAUAUAAAACUGUGUGACUUUUUUCUAAGCAACCAGGAAUUAACAUCUGUAAUCAGGUUUUUAACUGUGAACGAAGUGAUGGUGAUGGUUGUCACCAAUUGCUGAGGAAACACAUAUUGAUGCAGAGGCAUUAAGAAAAUAACUUGGUGAAGGAAUUUUCAACACGCUUCCCCUCUUCUUCCCCUCCCCUCCUUAGCAUCUUUUGUGUUGUAAAAUUAAGCUACAGUUAAUGACAUCUAUUAUUUUGGAUAACAUUCAUUGGCUAACAAUAAAGAGACUACAGUUCA